AUGCUGAGCCAAACGGAUGCUUCACUUAUAGAACAUGAUAAAGAGAAUAUACAGCCUUUACCCGAAGGGAGGUCCGCAUCUAAAUUAGCAUUGAAUUUUAAAAACGCAUCGAAAUCGGUACUUAAGUACAAAGAACAACAACAAAAAAGAAGAGAACAAUUUGAGUUACAAUUAGAAAAUUUUGAAGAAUUAGAUGACCCAUUGCAGGUCUUCUUAGAUUAUAUAAACUGGACCCACGAGACAUUUCCUCAAGGUUCCAAUACGGAGAGUGGGUUAUUGGCAUUAUUGGAAAGAUGCACCUCAUGCUUUCGAGACGUAACACACUAUAAAAAUGACCCACGGUAUUUGAAAGUAUGGCUAGAAUAUACCAAUUAUUCUGAUUCUCCUAGGGAUAUUUUUGUAUACUUGGCCAAAAAAGAAAUAGGUACUGAAUUAGCGUUGUAUUAUGAAGAAUUUGCAAAGUAUUUGGAGCUUAAUGAGAAGUUUCAAGACGCAACCCAGAUAUAUGAAAUGGGGGUUGAAUAUAAAGCAAGACCUUUAGUUAGACUUGAGAGGUCGUUUUCGCAAUUCAAAGAAAGAAUGAAUGACCUGACUAGAAGAACAGAUCGAGGAGAUUCUUCCAUGAAGAAUGUUCUUGCCGUGAAGAGAGGUGAUUCUGCUGUCCCAAUUGGCAUGGCUGAUGCCCAGACAACAAGAAAAAGACCUAAAUUGCAAGUGUUCGUAGAAGAAGAGGAAAAAAAUAACGACAUUUUGAGCACUCUAUUUGAAGGACCUGUUAAUCCACCUGAACUUGGAUCUAUCAAAACAAGAGUUAAAGAAAAUAUCUUAACUUCAAAGCCAUGGUCGGGUGAAACUCUAAAACAGAAGAUAGAGCCAGCGAGAUUUGAAUCUAAGAUUGCAGUAUUUAAGGAUACUCUCUCAAAUAAUACAGAUGGACAAACAGCCGUACAGACAAUCGAAGAGGACGAAAAUGGGUUGAUGCAUACUUUAAUAAGACACCCAGGAAAGAAUCUAGAAAAGGUGAGCUUAAAUAUGGAUUUAUUAUAUCCAAAACAAGGAGAAGAAUAUUGCUUGGAAGAAAUUUUAGCAAUUACUAGAAGGUUAAGUAAAGUUUCAUUAGCUUACGGAGAGCAGAAAAAGGUGCUACACGAGGCGAAUACUCCACUUAUGCUGCGUAAUAAUGUUGUCGAUGAGAGUACUUUUUCUAAAGAUAAUACGUUCACAAUACCAUUGAAAGAUGGUGGGUUUCAUGAAGAUGAUGACACACAUUUACCUUUCAAGCACAGACCUAACUCGCCUACAAUGACAAUGUUUUCUCGUAUGGCAACUAAUGAAGUUCUCACAAUGUUUAAUGAUGCAGGUCAUAAUUUGAAUACAGAUGACGAGGAUGAAAAAACAGAAGGCGAAAACACCACAAACUUUGAUGGGUUUGUCACAGAAACAAUCCAUGCGAUAACUCCUGAAGAAAAGAAGUUUAAUCAACAACAAAUUCCAAGUGAAAAAAUUCAUUUUAAAGAAGAAGAAUUGAAGAAAACCAUAACACCUCCGAGAGAUACCAAUACGCAAGUGACCGAUAGUGUACAAAGUUCUCCUUUUAUAGAAAAACCAUCAUCAUCUGUUAUCGAUAUAGAGCAGAAAAUAUUUGACCCCGUUGACGAGUCUCUAAGAGAACAUUUAUUAGACAAUUUAUCGACACCUAUAAUCUCAUACCCUGGGUUUUGCAAUUACUGCCAUACAAAAAUUAAUAAAAUCAAGAGAUUCCACGAUAUAACUAAUAAUAAAACCAAGAUAAUCACUAAAGGUUCCAAAAAUUCAAUAAUUGAUUAUUGUGGAGAUGAAAUUUAUUGCCUAAGAUAUGAAUUGGGUCAUGGGGGGUACGGUGUAGUAUAUCUCGUCGAAACUGAAAUGGGGCAGUUGAAAGCAUUGAAGGUUGAAUCUCCGUCAUCAAAAUGGGAGUAUUAUAUUUUAACCAAAAUUCACCACAGGCUCAGUAUGUUCGAUAGUAAUGUUAGAGAAAUGAUAGUCAAACCGGAAGCGCUCUUUUUUUUCCAGGAUGAAAGUUACUUAUUAAUGAAUUAUGUGAAUCAAGGUACCAUUUUAGACGUGAUAAACAUAUACAAAAAUAGAGGGUCAACUGCAGAUGAAGUAUUGUGUAUAUACUUAACAAUUGAAUUGUUGAAAAUUAUCGAGGUUUUACACAGCAUAGGCAUUAUACAUGGUGAUUUAAAGGCAGACAACUGCAUGAUAAGAUUCAGCCAUUCCAAAGAGUGGAGCGACACAUACAGCCGUAAUGGUACUGAUGGCUGGAGUAAUAAAAGCAUAACGUUGAUAGAUUUUGGAAGAGCCAUUGAUAUGUCAUUAUUCAAUCACAAUGUUCAGUUCGUUUCCAACUGGGAGACAGACCAGCAAGAUUGUCCGCAGAUGAAUAAACAUGAGCCUUGGAGUUUUGAAGCGGAUUACUACGGCCUAGCCAGCAUUAUUUAUACUAUGUUGUUUGGCAAAUAUAUAGAGGUCAAAGAGUCUACUUCCGGUAGUGUAUCGCUCAGUCAUACUUUAAAGAGGUACUGGCAGCUUGACUUGUGGAAUCCAUUAUUCAACUUAUUGCUUAAUCCAUAUUCUCUAUCAAACAAUUCCAGCAUCAAAUUGCCUAUUACAGAAGAGCUUAAGUUUCAAAGACAUCGCCUCGAAAAUUGGUUAGAGGCUAACAGUUCAAAAAAGAACCUUAAGAAUUCAAUAAAUGAUAUAGAGGUUGAAUUGAACAAUAACAAUAAAAAGUUAUUACAUAGUCUACGUUAG